UUCAUUAAUGUGUAAACACUUUAGAUCAAAAUAAAAUUUUUUAAGUUUUAGUGAAAAUGGAAGUUCUUGAAGAAAAUCGCAAGAUUUUACUACGCACAAAUGAUCGUUUGACUGGUAUAAAAUCUAUUGCUGUCGAAACUGAAGAAAUUGGAACUGCAAUAGUUCAAGAAUUGGGAGAACAAAGGCAAACACUUAAUAGUACUCGCAAUCGUUUGGAGGACAUUGAUAAUUCCCGUCUAUCUUCACACCGCUAUGUGUCUGCUAUUAAUCGUCAUGUCUUUCAGGAUAAGCUUUUGCUCAUACUCAUAAUUAUCAUUGAAGUGUGCACUUUAAUUGGACUUAUUUACAUAAAAUACAUUAAAAAGUAAUGUUACACCAAAAGUUUAUUUGCCUGCUCAACAUUUGUUUAUGUGUUAAAUUUUACUAUAUAACUAAUAAUUAGAACCAAUUGAAUUUUCAUUGUUACCUACAGUUCAACAAAUUUUUAAAAAAAUUUGUUAAUUUUUAUAUUUUAUAACAAUUAUAAUAGUAAUUGGUAAAUAAGGCAUUUUUAUCCAGUUAAAAUAUG